AUGUAUCCCUCACUCAAGCCCGGUCAAUUUCGAUCCAGCCAUUUCGGAGGCGAGGAACCGCUUGAAGGUUUGGAAGCUCUACAUUCUGAUGAGACGGGUUCCGGAGACAACUCGAACGCGGGCUCCAGCGGCGCUGAUGAAGACGCCGCGAGACUCCGAUUGAAGAGGAAGUUACAGCGGAACAGAACCAGCUUCACCAACGAACAGAUUGACAAUCUGGAGAGAGAAUUCGAGAGAACUCACUACCCCGACGUGUUCGCGCGGGAGAGACUCGCCGCUAAAAUAGGACUCCCCGAAGCAAGGAUACAGGUGUGGUUCUCGAAUCGGCGCGCGAAGUGGCGUCGCGAGGAGAAGAUCCGCAGCCAGAGACGGAGCCCCGAGUGCUUCACGACGCACGCCCACGCGCACGCACACGCGCACUCCCACGCGCACGCGCACGCUCCCGCACCGGUGACGCACGCGCACCCGCCCGCCCUCUCCGCGCCCGCACAACACUCACAGCAUCAAUACCAGCCGCCUCUCAACGUGGACACUUACAGCCCCUUGACUCCUAUGGGCUACAGCGGCGGGAUGGUGGGCGAUUCUCCGGUGUGUGAGGGCGGGGACGAGCUGUGUAAGGGAGGUUUCCUGGGCUACCCGCGAUACGACCUGCCCUCAUACAGACACUACAACCACGGAUACCAACACGAACCAGCCUCGCCACCGCCGGAGCAUGUUGUAACAGAGCUGGGCGGACUGCUGGGGGCUGGAGUGUCCGUGCCUCUAGCUGUUCCAGGACACGACCAGCAGUACUGGCCGAGACUGCAGUGACGUUGGUGGAUGUAGACACACACACACACACACACAUACACAUACAUACAUAAACAUGGACACGCACACAUUUCCACAAUGCAUCACACACGUACAUACACGACUUUGACACAACACUCAUAUCAUGGACUACACACACACACACACCAUUACCUUAACCUGUGUUUCGUUGAUGUUGUAUCGAUUCACGCACACAUAGAUACGAACGCUUUCCGUACAAUCAAUAACUGAACACGUCACAGUGAGAAAAUACAAAAGAUAAAUAAAUCGGUAGUUCGAUAAUAAUAGUUAAUUGAGGCUCCGUGUCGCGACCGGCCACAGGUAACAUGAAGGAUAACUAAUAUAUUAAGUAAGUUAGCUGCUUUUCAGUUCUCCUCCUUAGCCUGCGUCGCCUCGACGCCUGGCGUGAACACUCGCCGCAAACAUUAACCUUGUUUAAUAUAUUAUAUAGAAUAGUAUAAAGAAUAAACAUAUCUAUAACUAUAGCCACAAACCGGAAACGAGCACAAACGAAGGCUCAAAUGUAAAUGUAAAUUAGGAUACUUCAUACAAAUAAAUAUAAACCUAGUUGUAAGGGCUGGCGGAAACAGAAUACGUUAUUUUAAUUUUAUUAUUAUAAUAAUAAAACUUGUAAACUCUAUAAACUUCUAAAGUUCUCGAUGUAUCAUACGUUAUAUGUAAGCCUUUAGGUGUAAGUCAGCCCCGUCGGGACGCGUUAGUGAAAGAUUUGUAUGUAUGUGACUUUGAUAGCCCUAAUGUAUAAUAAAUGUUACAUUUAUUUAAUAUUCAUUUCGUAGCUUAGUCUAAGAUCGAUGUAAUUUUAAUACCAAUAAUAUGUACAUUUGUUGUAAAUGUUUAAAAAAAAAAUUUUAACUUUAGAAAAGAAUGCUCUGAAUAUCUCCAACGUU